GCCGGGCGCGCAGCUGCGGGCCGGGCUAUCCCGCUGGGGCUCCGCCGCUCGCCCCCGGCCCCGCUCCUCGUUCCGCGCUCCUCGGGCAGCGCGGAGCGGUGGGAAAAGUUGGCCGAGCGCCUCGCUUCGGCGUGACAGCCGGGCCGGGGCAGGGGGGGCGGCGGAUCAAGGUGGGCAGCGAGCAGGGGUGAAGCGGAGCGGCCGGGGGGGGGGCUCUUAACGGGAAGCACAUGGAGGCGGUGGGCCGGACAGAGCAACGCGGGCCGGCAGCGGCGGCCGCCGAGCCCCCCGGCGCGGGGAGCGGGGGCAGGUAGAUGGGCAGGCUGAACCCUGCCCGCCCCAAAUGCAUCGCCGGCGGGGGGAGAUAACUCUCCUCCAAAGUGGGGGGGAAGGCAGGAGAAGCUUCUUUGAGGCUAGAGGCAGGGCAGAGGGUGCAGGGGGGCCGGGGGCGGGAGGAGGUGUCUGUCGGAGACAUGGAGCGCGGGAGAGCCAAGGUGGAGGACAGGUCUAGAGGGCACGAAAUGAGGACCAGGCAGCAACACCCGCUAGGGUGCCGGGGCAGGAGCGGAUGCUACACUUUGUCGAAGCUCCCAUUGUAAAAUGAAAACACACACAUACCCGCCCGCCGCGCGCCCCCUCACCGCCCCCCCCAAAAAAAGAGAAGGAAAAGAUAAAGUGGGGGGAGGGAAGGAGGCACCCCCCUCCAGCUCCAGCAUCCCCCUUCCUCCCCGUUUCCACCCCUAAAGCCCCGGGAGAAGGGCGAGCGCCUGCAGGCACGGUCGUGGGCAGGUCCCCUCGCCGGGCGCCCCGCUCCGCUGCUCCGCCGCUCCCGUCCCCGCGGGGCUUGUGCCGCGUGGGGGGGGAGAGGAGUGGGGGCUCCCCCCGGGGCGCGGGACACCAGCGCUCCCCACUUCUCCGCUACCACCGGGGUACGGCAGUGGAGUCAAGGAGGUCCCCAUUUUCCUCCUGUAGCAUGGGACCCGUUUGGGGGGGUUGGUAGAAAAUUCCCUGCACAUCGUGGCGAGGUUUGGGGGAGCGGAGGCCGGGAUGGGGCCCCGCACCCCGCCGGGAAGGCCGGCCAGACACCCCUUUCCCCUAAGAGGAGUCCGCAAGUUGCUGUGCUGCGGGGGGCGGCGGCGCACACCGAGCCAGCCCGGGGCUGAGCCGGAGCCGCGGUGGAUCCGAAUAUUUAUGUUGAGAUUUUAAAGAAUUUAAAUAAAUAAAUAAAAUAUUCCCCCGGCUUCUCUCCCUCCCCUGAAAGCCAAGAAUAGGAGCCAUCUGCCAGGAGCAUUUGGUGCUUGCGAGCUCCUCUUUCUUUGUUACCGGUGAUAAAUUUCUGUUUGUAAGAUUUCCUUGGGAAUGGAGAUAUCUAUGUGUUUAUCAUUUUUCCACCUCCUGUGAGAUUUAUUUUCUUUUCGUAUCGGAGGGGUUUAGUGGGGGAGGCAGUUUGAGUCCCGAAAUUUCAAUUUCUUAGUCUCUUUUUUUUUUUUUUUUGGGUGUACCUUUAUUUUUUAACCCGUUCCUCCCUCUCCCCCCCCGCCUCCCAGCCCAUCAGCUGGUGGAACACAAAUGAAGAUGCAUCUAAUAUGAAGUUAUUUCUGGGGGGGUUUGUUUUUAAUUCAUUGUUAUUUUGGAGCCAGAUUGGCAUCACCAUAAAAGGUGGAUUCAACCCCCUCCUCAGCUCCCUCCCCUUCGUUAAUUGCAUUUUUGUUUUUAACCAUCCGGUUUGGAAAAUGCAUUUCCUUUUUUAUUGGUGGCUUCUUAAUUUUUUAUUUUAUUCUUUUUUAAGAAAAAGCGUCAACAACCUAACCCCUCUAAAUCGCCCUGUGAAAUUUCUCCCACUUCUUUUCUGUUUCAGUUCCGAGGAAAUGUGUGGUGUUGAAAGGGGGUGUGCGGAAAAUCUGGUUUGUUGCGCACGUUUGAAUUUGUUUAAAGGGGUGAAACAUUUAUUUUCUCGCUGAUGUUGCUGGUGGUGGGGGGAGGUGGGGUGGAGAAGAGAGACAGGUAGGUUUGUUAUUCCAGUUUGAUCUCCUUUUCUGAUCGCUUUACUUGAAAGUAAAUAAUGAGGCAGGAGAGCAUGAGAAGGUGCCGAGGAGCUGCGUGUACAAUGGGUUUAGCGAGGAGGCUGGGGAGGAAUGGAGAGCAGAGCGGUACGCAUAUUCCCUCCCUCCCCUCCUGUAUUUAUCUGUCUCUCCAUCCUGAGGAAGCUGGCGGAGAAAUCAGCCUGCAUACUGAACAGUGGCAGAAAAAAAUGAAGCAGAGGCUGACCAUGUGGAACCGGCACUCGCCGACGAGGAUGAGAGCCUGGCAAUAGCAGAGCCGGGUGGCAUCAGCAUCGCCGCAGGUGGGACAGACCCCGACUUGUUAACCUGUGGACAGUGUCAGAUGAACUUCCCGCUGGGAGACAUCUUGGUUUUUAUAGAGCACAAGAGAAAACAGUGCAAUGGCACUGUUGGUGCCUGCUAUGAAAAGAGCAUGGAUAAGAGCAGCCCUCCCCCCUCCUCACGCGCCGAGCUCAGGAAAGUGUCAGAGCCAGUGGAAAUCGGGAUCCAAGUCACACCCGAUGAAGAAGACCGUCUUCUCACGCCUACAAAAGGAAUUUGCCCCAAGCAGGAGAACAUUGCAGGGCCGUCCAGGCCUGCAAACCUGCCGGGGGCUCCCAUAGCUGCCUCCUCCCACCCUCACACAUCCGUGAUCACGUCACCUCUCCGCGCACUGGCCUCCCUCCCGCCCUGCCUUAGCCUGCCCUGCUGUGGUGCACGUGCAGUCUCAGUUGGCGGGACUCAGACUGAGAUUCAGACUGAGACGUCAGGCACAUUUGGAUGUCAUUGUCAGUUGUCAGGUAAAGAUGAGCCUUCAAGCUAUAUUUGCACAACAUGCAAGCAGCCUUUUAAUAGUGCUUGGUUCUUGCUUCAGCAUGCCCAGAACACACAUGGAUUCCGCAUCUACCUGGAAACAAGCCCUUCAAACAGUUCCCUUACUCCACGCAUCACCAUCCCUCCUCCUCUGGGACCGGAGACUGUUGCACAGUCCCCGCUGAUGAAUUUCCUUGGAGACAACAACCCAUUCAAUCUUUUGCGGAUGACAGGACCCAUCUUGCGUGAACACCCUGGCUUUGGUGAGGGUCGGCUCCCAAACACGCCUCCGCUGUUCAGCCCACCACCUCGUCAUCAUCUGGAUCCACAUCGCCUUAGUGCCGAAGAAAUGGGGUUAGUUGCCCAGCAUCCCAGUGCCUUUGACAGAGUUAUGCGUUUAAACCCCAUGGCAAUUGAGUCCCCAGCGAUGGAUUUCUCCAGAAGGCUUCGAGAGCUGGCAGGAAACAGUUCCACCCCUCCUCCAGUCUCGCCCAGUCGCACCAACCCUAUGCAUCGCCUAUUGAAUCCUUUCCAGCCAAGUCCUAAAUCACCUUUUUUGAGCACCCCACCACUGCCACCCAUGCCCCCCAGCAGCACUACGCCUCCCCAGCCUCAGGCCAAGAGCAAGUCCUGUGAAUUUUGUGGGAAAACGUUCAAGUUCCAGAGUAACCUUAUUGUGCACCGACGCAGUCACACAGGAGAAAAGCCCUACAAGUGUCAGCUCUGUGACCACGCUUGCUCCCAGGCCAGCAAGCUAAAACGCCACAUGAAAACGCAUAUGCAUAAAGCUGGCUCCAUGACGGGCAGGUCAGAUGAUGGACUGUCUACCACCAGUUCCCCUGAGCCGGGCACAAGUGAGCUCACUGGAGAGGGACUGAAAUCCAGUGAGGCAGAUUUCAGGAAUGAGAGCGAUCCUUCCCUGGGCCAUGACAAUGAAGAGGAGGAAGAGGAGGAGGAGGAGGAGGAGGAGCUUGAAAAUGAGAGCCGUCCAGAGUCGAGCUUCAGUAUGGACUCGGAGCUGAGUCGUAACCGAGAAAAUGGCUCCAAGUCACUGCCGGAUGAGAAAUCCCUUGUGCUGGGAAAAGUAAUUGAGAAUGUAAGUCUAGGUGCCAUCCAGCAAUAUAAUGACAUGCUAGCUGAAAAACAGAAGAGGAGUAGCUUCAUGAAAAGGUCUUCUGACCAGCGAGACUUGUGUCCUCGAGACCUCUGUCAGAGAGAUCCAGGUGAUGAAGACUCAGUGGUAGGAGAGCUGGACCGCACCGAGGAAGGGACGGUCAAUGGAAGAAACUUUGGCCCAGGUGAACCCUUCCCAAACCUGUUCCCUCGCAAGCCAACGCCUAUCACGAGCCCCGGUUUAAACAAUUCCUCUAAAAGAAUAAAGGUAGAGAAAGAUUUGGACUUGCCACCAGCAACGAUAAUACCUUCCGAAAACGUUUACUCCCAGUGGCUGGUAGGGUAUGCAGCGUCGCGGCACUUCAUGAAGGAUCCGUUCCUCGGAUUCACAGACUCCCGACAAUCCCCCUUCGCGACCUCUUCCGAGCACUCAUCGGAGAAUGGGAGCCUGCGUUUCUCCACCCCGCCGGGGGACAUGCUGGACGGGGGGCUCUCAGGGCGCAGCGGCACGGCCAGCGGAGGCAGCACCCCCCACAUCAGCGGUCCCGGCCCCGGGCGACCCAGUUCGAAGGAAGGGCGCAGGAGCGAUACAUGUGAGUACUGUGGCAAGGUCUUUAAGAACUGCAGCAAUUUGACGGUGCACCGUCGGAGCCACACUGGAGAGCGGCCUUACAAAUGCGAGCUCUGCAACUAUGCAUGUGCCCAGAGCAGUAAGCUGACGCGCCAUAUGAAAACGCAUGGCCAGAUAGGGAAGGAGGUCUACCGCUGCGACAUUUGCCAGAUGCCCUUCAGUGUUUACAGCACCCUGGAGAAACACAUGAAAAAGUGGCAUGGAGAACAUUUGCUGACAAAUGACGUCAAAAUUGAGCAGGCAGAAAGAAGCUAAGGCCCCCCUCCCCUCCCUGCCCCCGCUAGGUUAAAUUUCAGGGGUCUAGGUAACAUUUUAUUUGUACAGUUUAACUAUUGCCAACUGAGAGAAGAUGACCUAACUUGCCUCCGUAAACAUAACUUAGCAUAACUAUGGUAGGUGCCAGACUUGGGCACUUAAAAUAUAACCUGUGUCUACAAAGUUCUAUUAAACCCGAGGGUUGAUUAAGGCAGUAAAAAUUGUGGAGCCUUUUAACUGUGCAAUAAUUUCUGUAUUUAUUGGGUUUUUGUAAUUUUUUGGCAUGUGCAGGUACUUUUUUUUAUUCUGUUUAAAUUUCUUUUAAAUUUUGUUGGGUAUCCCGUUUUAAUUUUACCCAGUUGUAGCCUGAGAUUACUUGCAUUGUAGAGGAGAGAAACAUAUCUUUUUAAAUUAUGAUUUUUGGGCCGCUGCUUUGUUGAAAUUUAAGCUAAGCAUGUGUAAUUUCUUGUGAAGAAGCCAGCAGUUGAACAGAAAUAUUCCUUUGUUUUAAAUGUUUUUUUUUUUCCUCUUCUAAAAUAAUCUUGAAGAUUAGGGAAAACAAAAUUGUACAGCGGAUAACAAUCUUUAAAAUGAGCACUUUCUUUUGGAAUUGGAUUGAAUAUGCAGCACUGACAAUGUCGCUGACGAUAGAGGCCUUUUCUAAAUGGAUUUAAUCACUAAAGUUAUGGCAACAGGAAAGACAUAGGUGCAGAACAGCUACAUUAAAAAGCAGAAACAUUCUUAAUUGUGCAUUACUAUUCGAUAGUUUCUUCCUCUUGUUAAAAACUAUGGCAACAUAAUGGUGCUAUUUUGUCACUUUUUGGGGUGUCAUUCCUUUUCUCUUCCCCUCCUGCCACUCUUCCCAGACACAAUGACAGUACAUCUUGAGUAUUGUAGUAUUUUUUUCAAACCUCAGAACAGCAAAAUGCCAUCUUUUUUAUUUUUAAACCGCAAAAUCAUAAAUCUGAGUUCAGGAUAUCUACUUUAGUCCCAAUUUGCCGUAGUUAAAAUAAUUACUAGAGGAUGAGAAAGUGUGAAUUUCUCAAUGAAAAGCCUCCACUCAUAGGCAUUUGGUUUAUGAAUGGAAAUAUUCUAACUAUCUUAUGUGAUGUAUAAUGAUGCUAUUAUAAGGAAGGGAAAAAUAAAUUCUAGUUGAUUUACCUGUCUUGGCAACAUUUUGCUUCUACUGAAGUCACUAAGAGUUUUCCCCUUGACUUAAUUAGGAAUAAAACGGAAUUGUAUUCAGAGAAAAGCAUUAGACCGAAAAAAGUAAAGAAAAAUGCACCUGCUCUACUUUCAAAUUCCAAAUUUUUAAAGCCCUUUAUGACUAAUAUUAACAAACAGUGGGCAAUUAUGGUUAGAGAUUUUAAUUAUGUUGACCCGCACUUUAAAUCUUUUGUUUGUUGUUAAGAGUGAAAUGGCUUCUCAACAAGAAAUUACAUCAUAUUCGUCUACUUGGCCCAAAGGUGGGUUAAACUGUAAGGGAACAGCUGAGAUUAAGUGUCAGUGUUGCUAAGCAUGGCAUUCACAAUACUGGCACUAUAAAGAAAAAUAAAUAAAAAUAAUUUAUUGGACAGUUCUUCUACUGCCAUUCAAUUUGACGUGAGUGCCUUGAAAACUGAUCUUCCUAUUUGAGUCUCUUGAGACAAAUGCAAAAUGUUUUUGUGAAAUGAAAAGACUUUAACAAAAAAAAAAAAGUAAAACAAGAAAAUUACAUUCUUUAGAAAAAAAGAGCCACAUUUACUUAAAAAAAAAAUUACUGGUUGAAGAUAGUGGACAUGAAAAUGCCAUAAGACCCAAUCAAAUGAAGAUGUAUACCCAGCACAACUUCGGACAUCCAUUAGCUGAAUUAUUCUCAGCCUUUUUUUUUUUUUCAGGACAACGCUGCUUAGGAAAUGGAAUGGAAAUGAUUUACUGCUGAAUUAAAACUCAAAUGACACAAAUUACAAGUUGUUAUCAUUGAAUGAGAAAAACAAUUCAGGAACAACGGCUAAUUUUUUUAAAAGUUAAAUUUAGUGCACUCUGUCUUAAAAUACGUUUACAGUAUUGAAUACAUACAAGGGUAAAAAAGAAAUUGUGUGUAUGUGUGUUUGAGCAAUCUUUUUUUUUUUCAAAGUUUGCUUAAUAGGUUAUUAAAAAAAAUGCCAUAAUGGCCAUGUGUAUAUUGUUUUCUUUUGGUGACGGGGUUUUAGUAUAUAUUAUAUAUAUUAAAAUUUCUUGAUUACUGUAAAAGUGGACCAGUAUUUGUAAUAAUGGAGAAUGCCUGGGCAUUUUACAAAACCAGAAAGAAAAAAAAAAAUACCUUUUCUUUUUUCCUUGAAAAUGUUGCAGUAAAAUUUAAAUGGUGGGUCUAUAAAUUUGUUCUUGUCACUGUAACUGUAAAGUCUUGAGUUUUAGUAAAUUUUUUUCUGCCUUGGGUGUUGAAUUUUUAUUUCAAAAAAUGUAUAGAAUCUCGUAUUGGGGGAUUAAAAGGUGAUUGCUACACCAUGUAGAAAAAGUAUGUAGAAAAAAGUGCUUAAUAUUGUUAUUGCUUUGCAGAAAAAAAAAUCACGUUUCUGACCUGUACCUAUUUUUCUCUUUUUUUCUCCCCUUCCCCCUUCCUUUACCCUUCUGGAAUGGAUAUUGAUAUUGGUUGAUUCAUAUGAUGUAGGCACUUGCUGUAUUUUUACUGAAGCUUGUAAUUUUUUAACUGUACGCUUGUCCUUUUAAAGGGAUUUAAUGUACCUUUUUGUUAGUGAAUUUGGAAAUAAAAAUAAAAACAAACAAACAGGCUGCCAUAAUAUAUUUUUUUAAUUUGGCAGGAUAAAAUAUUGCAAAAAUAAAAAAAAAAAUUUGUAUGUGAAGUCCUUAUUGUACAGGAAAAAAAGGGGGUUGUUAGACGACCUUUGAGUAAAAGAAACAAAACAAAAUAAUUAAGUGCUUUUUUAUUUUUAAUUUUUGCUGUUGUUGUUCACAAAUAAUUUUAGUUGUAUAUAUAUUUUUUUUUUUGUCAGAAAUGGCCUACAAAAAAGUGCUGUUCCCACAGGGCCCUAUAUAGCUUCAAAGUUGCCUGGACCCCUUGCAUCAAGGUUUUACCAGGUAUGGUUGAACCAGGCUGGAUGGUUAUUGCCUAUUUGUGUGAAAUGAAAUUCAGUUCCUGUAAAAGUGUCUGGGGUGACAUCCUGCAACUUCUCCACAGAUUUGAGAGGGGAGGAGACUUUUUCCCCCUUCCAGACAAGAAGAUGUCCAACACAUCUUCCCUCUCCUGGCCACCCCCUACUCACUGCUCCCCGCACCCUGCCAGUGUCUUCCUCUGGAAGAAAGUAGUUUUUAUAGCAAACAGCGAGAGCUGUUGCAUCCACCUUGAGAUAAAAUGGUACAAUGGGCUGCUGGUGGUACAGCUGUAACUAGGUUGAAGUAAAAUUGGUCCAGGCACAGCCCUCCUCUUCCCUGUCAGAACAGGACCUACUCUGUGUACAGGUCUUGCCAGUCCAUGUUAUUAGCUGCUUUGCUGCUGUUCACUCCUAAUUAUACAUUCCAUAAAUUUCUGAAUGUUUGAGGGACUGGGAUGAAAUCCUGUGUCUUUUGAUUUCUCUCUUCUUUGCUGUUCUUUCUCUCUCUCUCUUUCUCAUGCUCUCUCCCUUUUGGGUCGAGGGGAAGACAGGUGGCAGAAGAGGCACUGAUGCUCUAGUGAAGGGGAGAAGGAGAAAAUGCUCACCACUCUUGCAGGAAAUGACGGUAAAACUUAAACACAAACAACAAAAUUAAUACUGCCAUGCCAAAUUCUUCUGCUACUUUCAUUGGUGCAGAACUGCUGGAGCAUUUCGAGAGGCAUGGGUGUGACAACAGGGAGAAUUUUGUCCAGCUACAUAACAGAUAGAUAUAUGUCUUCCUGGCUUGAACAAUGUACACUUAAGACUUCUGGACAAAUUCUGGAUCUCAAUUAAACUGAUAUAAAUCAGGAAUUAUUCAUCGCACUCAGUCCAGGAUUACUCUGGCAUAGCUGAGUCUGGAAUGUGGUUCCUUAAAGGCACAUUUUAAAUUUGGUGAAAAUGCAGAUCUCUGGCAUUCAUAUAAAUCCAGAAUCAUGUCACAGAACUCAGCAGAAUCCCUUGGACAUGCAUUGGUGUAACGAAGAUCAGAAGUUAACCACAUACUUUCAGUCCACAAUUCAUUGAUUUAAGAAAGAAUUUUAGCUUUCGUUUUAGUGUAAGUUGCUUAGGUUCUCCAGUUUUCUUGUUGUUUUUAAUUAUCCAGGAUAGCUAACACCAGCAGUUAUCUAAUUUUGUGACUUGAAUCACUGAAACUAACAGUAAGUCACCUAAAAGCACAAGGGUUGUGUUUCUGCAGACUGUAGUGAUAAUGAAAUGGCCCUCCUUUUCUUCUUGCUUAGAAGAACUGUAGUUUACUAGGCCAUAAGCACAAUAUAACAUAGAUAUAAAAUAGCUAGAAUGCUGCCAUAUUUCUCGUCACAACUAAAACAGUUUUUUUGGUUAUUAUUUUAGGGUUGAAUUUAUUACUUCCAUUGUGUCUAGUCCUGCUGCCUUUGAAGUCCAGAGGAAAACUCUGGUUGACUGCCUUGGCAACAGAACAGGUCCAAGAAACUAGUUUUAGAAAGAAAAAUACCAUUUUUUAAGGAAAGGGUCAAAAAAUCAGCAUUUCAUCCCAGUCCCAUGUAAAAGACAGUCCAAGGUUUUGUUUAUCACAGGCAAACUCAUUUUUAUGGUGCUCUUUGUAUUUUAGAACUGCAAAGCAAAGUAACGUUGAUUUAAGUUGUUUGCAUUUGUACCGGCAAGGCAAAAUAUUUUUAUUACCUUUUUCUAUUACUUAUUGUAUGAGCUUUUGUUGUUUACUUGGAGGUUUUGUCUUUUACUACAAGUUUGGAACUAUUUAUUAUUGCUUGGUAUUUGUGCUCUGUUUAAAAAACGAGAGCACUUUUUUUUUAAUUAUGGAUAAAAUGUUGAGAUGGCUGGAGGUCAUUUCAAUAUGGCUUAGUGAAAUAUUUAUUGUUCCUUUUAUUCUCUGUACAAGAUUUUUGGCCUCUUUUUUUCCCUUAUUGUCACAAUGUUGAGUUCAGCAUGUGUCUACCAUUUCAUUUGUACGCUCGUUCAAAACAACGUUUGUUCCAGUUUCAAGUUAUAAAAAUAAAUUGGACAUUUGACUUGAUCUCCAAA